AUGAACAGCUAUAGCAAUUGGCACUCACAGGCAAGCCUCACAAACUCUCAGCCCCCACAAAGUGAGCAGCCAUCGGGCCACCAUGCUCGACCUGUCCGUAGUACCACCCUCGAUUCCCACACAGUUUUCGACAGGGAGGACACUCCCACACCCAGGCCUCUACUACAGCACGAACUGCCCGAGUUCUAUACUCUCGCCGGUCCGCCACCGCCACCUACCCUGCCUAGCAUCCCUAUGCACGAGACAUCUCACCCUUGCCUGAACGAAGGUGCUUUGAAGGAUACUGUCAGCAGUAUCGUCGAGAGGUUCCGAUACGACGAGCCUAACGUAGCCAAGGACGAAAGUACUCAAGCUUUGAUCAGUGAUAUCGCCACUGCUGUGUCGAACCAGUGUGAAAGCUUGUUUGACGCAAUGCUUGCACCUCCCCGGCCUCCCGUGAUCUUUCCUGCUGGGGAUGCUGCUUUCCGACCCCUUCCGCCCCUCCCAGGAUUCCCCCCCAACACUCAACCUCAGAGCUCCACCACGGGCCGUGACUCAAGGCGAGGGGGUGUGGCUCCAAGUGAGGUUGGAGUUUUCUUCAGCAUGGACGACGAUGGGGCCUCCUUGUAUUCUUCCAUGUCUGACCUCGACCAUCGCGAAGAUCAAAUCACCGUCAUCUACAACGACGAUUCAGGCCGCCCAAUGACGAAGAUCUUUGAAACUCGUGUGCAGCCUGACGGCCACUCUCGCCAAAACCAGUCGCCAGCUCAUUCUAGUCAUCACAUACAGCAGCAGUCGAGGGACGGAGCUACUUUCGGGCGCGAAGGCCGCGAACAAUCAAUUGUUCAGCCUGAGAGGCGCAAGGAUGUGCGCCCCAACAGGAGCGGGCAAGACUGGUCAGCAAAAUCUUUCAACAGCUCUGACACCUCUCCCGCCAACACGCGAGUCCGAUUCAGCGACCCCUUCAUUCUCACGCCCACAACCUCUACCAUUUGGCACCAAUCUCGCUCGUCCCCUGUCUCUCGUGAGACUGAGAAUCGCAAAGCCGUCAGUGACAUAGUUCUUCUACGAGAGAGUCUUUCGCAAACGGACGACCAAGUCGCGUCUAUCCGCUCUCAGAUAUCAGCUCUGAUUGAAUCUGUCAAGGCAUUGGACAGCAAGUUGACAGACCGCUCGACAAGAGAGAGAGCAGUUGACAAUUGGACUGCGCAACGUACUACAGACGGCCUUGGUCCUCUUCAGCACUCAAGAGGAGACCGGGCUUCUGACGCUUACACUUUAAUGCCGGAGGACUACUUCUAA